AUGGCGCUCGGGAAGUCCCGGAGGGCACAGUGCUGGACUCAGUGGACUCUGCUGCCUCUGCUCUUCACCCUCAGACACAGUGACGGAGUUAAACUGAACCUCCGGUGGGCCUCCAUCCCAGCAGAGGGAACACGGUCCAUCCUCUCUGCGCUGGAAAGAAUUUCUGAGCUCAGUGUGGACAGGAAUCAGCUGCUGAGGUUCAUCCACUGCUGUGCUGCCUCUGACGUCCAGCAGGAGGCAGCGUCCGGCCUGCUGAGGACUCUGCAGCACCGCUUGGAUCUGUCCUGCCAGUCCUGUGUGGAUCUACAAGAGGAGGAUCAGACUGAGCCUCUGAGUCUGACUGCUGAUGACUGCAGGGCCGCAUCCAUCGUCCUGAAACACUGCAACCUGGACACUCAGCUCCACCUGCAGGACUGUGAGGUGGAGGACGGAGGACUGGACCUGCUGUUUUCUGUCCUGGACAGGGUCCGCCUCAGAGUCAGUAAAAGUGUCCUCCUCCAGCUGCUGUCCCUGCUUCCUGUCCACUCUGAGAGGGACACAGUGAGACGGGCCGAGUCCCUGUGUGGAGCUCUGGGUGGAGAGCUGGACCUCAGUCACAGCACACUGGACCAGAGGGUCUAUGGAGGUCUGGUCCAGAUGCUGGACUCCUGUGAAGGACUGACUGAGCUGGACCUCAGUCACUGUCAGCUCAGCGACCAGCUGCUGCUGCCCCUCAUCACACAUCUGCACAAAGUCCAGGUCCUGGAUCUGAGCCACAAUAAGAUCACAGACGCCUCCACAGAUGUUCUCCUCCAGCUGAUCUCCAUCCACUCCUCCAUCCACACUGUGCGACUCUUCAGAAACGACAUCGUGGACAGAAGACCCUUUGAGAAGCACAAGCAGUUUGAAAUGUGGUGAAGCAGUCAGGAGGUCAUGUGAUCAUCAGGGAGGAACUGUUGGAUGUCGUCAUUAAAAAGCCUUUUCUCCUCAUGAUGAGAUGAAAACAUGGAGUUCAUUCUGGUCAUCAGUGGUGUGUGAUGUAGAGACUUUAGUUGAAACAAGCUUUGAUUUUGACCACAUUAGAUUCUCGUUGUUUUUUACAAUCAAUAAGACGACACUUUAUCUGGAGGUAAGGAGCAGCCAGCAGUGUUUUCUAAAACUUCACCACGUAUGUUUGACAUUAUUAGUUAGUGGAGCUCAUAUUUCUGUUUGCUACCAUGUAAGGAUGGUCUAAAAUUAUUUUAUUGUGACAAAACAGAGACUGUAACUGUCAGUGUUGUGAACAGGCUGAAGUGAUCUUUUUCUGCUGCUGUGAUAACUGUAUUUAUUCUGGGAGCAAAACCACCAAACAUUCAUAUAUUCAGGUCCAGCCCUAGUUGUGAUGUUAUUUUCUAUCUAUGUGCCAUUUGGAGGGAAGUGAAGUACAGUAUAUUUUGUAUGUUUUGUCAGUGGAAGUAGUUUUCACUGUUCAAACAUAAAAGCGUUCCCUUACUACAAGUAUUUGUUUCAAAAGCUUUAUGUUGUGAAAAAAAAAGAUUUGGAAAUUUGUGUUUCUUGUGCCUUAACUUGUCAUUUUGUAAAGAUGUUUAUUUUUGCUAUUUUUUAUUUUAUUAUUUGGAAGAACCAGAGUCUGCACAUUAUUUUAUAUUUUUGCCUGUCUGAUCACAUCAUUUCUAAAAAAUAAAUCGGACAUUACAAUCAAACA